ACUUCUGAAAUAUCGCGAGAAGAGAAGACGGAUAAGCGCGAGGGUCCUACGUGCUCGAGCAUGCGGUUCUCAUUCCUGUUCAAGAAGAGAUCUCGAGUAGCACAGCGCUUUCGCACGCGUGGCGCAACGUAAACAUGGUGCUGUUACACGUGCUGUUCGAGCAUGCUGCUGGAUAUGCAUUAUUUGCUAUCAAAGAAGUUGAAGAGAUCGGGAUGCUUCUACCUCAGGUGGAAGCGAGUGUCUUAAAUGUUGGCAAAUUCAAUGCUGUGGUCCGAUUGAGCGCUUUCUUUCCAUUUAAAUCCGCCCAGGGUGCGCUUGAGAACAUAAAUGCUGUUUCUGAAGGAGUUGUCCAUGCAGAUCUCAAGUUGUUUUUGGAAACCAACCUUCCGUCCGGAGGUAAAAAGAAGGCUAUGUUGGGUGUGUCGGAUACCAAACUUGGGGCGGCCUUGCAGGAAGAGCUUGGGUUGUCUAUCCAAACAGGAGGCGUAGUUUCUGAAAUCGUACGGGGUGUCCGUCUGCACUUUCACUCCCUGGUCAAGGGGCUGACAGCCCUGGCUGCGUCCAAAGCUCAACUUGGUUUGGGUCACAGCUACUCCAGAGCCAAAGUCAAGUUUAACGUCAACAGAGCAGACAACAUGAUCAUCCAGUCCAUCGCUCUCCUAGAUCAACUAGACAAAGACAUCAACACAUUCUCCAUGCGUGUGCGAGAGUGGUACGGAUACCAUUUCCCAGAGCUGAUAAGGAUAGUGAGCGACAACAGCAUGUACUGUAAAAUGGCCAAGCUGAUCGGGAACAGGAAGGAACUGUCGGAGGAGAUGCUGGGAGCGAUUGAGGAGAUCAUCAUGGACAGCGCUAAAGCUCAGGCCAUUCUCGAUGCUUCUCGUAGCUCGAUGGGCAUGGACAUCUCUCCUAUUGAUCUGAUCAACAUCGAGUGCUUCUCCACUCGCGUGGUGUCACUAUCAAACUACAGACAGGAGCUACAAGAGUACCUGCGUUCUAAAAUGGGCCAGGUGGCACCAAAUUUGGCCGCUCUUAUUGGUGACGUGGUUGGUGCACGCCUCAUCUCCCACGCUGGAAGCUUGACAAACCUGGCCAAAUAUCCGGCUUCUACGGUGCAGAUCUUGGGUGCUGAGAAGGCCCUGUUCAGGGCCCUAAAGACCAAAGGAAACACGCCAAAGUACGGUCUCAUUUUCCACUCGACGUUUAUCGGGCGUGCAGCAGCUAAGAACAAAGGUCGCAUCUCUCGUUACCUUGCCAACAAAUGCACAAUCGCGUCUCGCAUCGACUGCUUUUCAGAGGUGCCAACCAGUGUGUUUGGGGACAAACUGCGUGAUCAGGUGGAAGAACGGUUGUCCUUUUACGAGACCGGAGAGACUCCACGCAAGAACUUGGAUGUCAUGAAAGAGGCCGUUGCAGAGGCUGGCGAGGUAACGGCCGAGAUUAAGCGGAAGCUUGAGAAGGAAAGGAAGAAAAAUAAGAGAAAAAAGAGAAAGCUAGAAGCUCUUUCCACAGCUGAAGGGGAUGAUGUGGAGGACAAGAAAGCCAAAUCCAAUGGAGGAGAUGUUAAGCAGGAUGAAGAACAACCUGAAGAGGUCACUUCAAAUGGGGUGGUAGGGGCCACGCCUUCCAAGAAGAAAAAGAGGAAGAGUGAAGCCAUGGAGGCAGAGCCUGAGAUUAAAGAGGAAGAAGAUCAGACGGAGAAGAAAAAGAAAAAAAAGAAAAGGAAGUCUGAGCUGGAGGAUGAAUAGAUUCAAUUGAAUCCAGACUGUACCUCUUCUGUAUUGUACAGAUUUAACUUUUUAUGAUUAUCAGUGUUGAGCUGUGGUCGGAAAGCAUUUUGGAGAUGCUUGUGAGCCAAGCAAAAGUCGUGCGAUGAUGAUUAGAAAUGUGUUUGGUUGCUUUUAUACAAAUUUACGUUAUUUUCCGUGAAUACUCAAAGCACCUUUCUGAAAUGGACGGAUUAUCUCUGUGCCUUGAGUGAUAAUAAAAUAACAGCCCUUUGGCAUUAUUGAAAGGACUUUGUGUUGUGAAGUUUGUCAUAAAAUAGAUUUAAUAGACAUUGAUGCAAUGCCACUGGGAGUAAGUUACCGUCAAAAACAAUAGUGUCUUUAGAGGAAGCAUGUGUUAAUAGAUAUUAUAGAUUAUAUUUUUGUACAUUAAAACAGCAGCUAUCUGAUAGUGAAAUUGUAAUCUUGCUUUGAUAAAUAAUACAAGAUAAUGCAUGUGGUGUUCUCAAUAUUUCCAUCCGGAGUCCUCCGGCCAUUAUAUUGUAAUGUUACAUUUUAGGCUGUGUAUCAUUUGGCCUUUGAAUAAAUGAAUAAUCAUGCCGCGUUA